AGCUCUGUUAUUUCGUUUGGAUUUACUAGACUUUCUUGCCUUUCUCUGGCUCAAGCAGCGGUCUCGUCGCUUUCUCGAAAUCAAAACACGGUUUUCGUCCAAUUUCCUCUUGUUGGAAUCUUAACGUUUUCGUUUCGGUGUCGGUUCGUGCCGACUGCGGCCGCACGUCAUGUACAACCUGUGUAGGUCGGAGUUUGGCGUCUCUGCUCGGUGCAUCCCUACUGUGCACGCUGACGGUCACGAGCCGAGCAACCUGACUAGCUGUGACGCAGUAUGUCGACGUAGGGGCUUCCGAAGCGAACGUUUCAUCAAACCACCCGUACAAGUGGCAUUAACAACCUCUUAUCCUCUCUGUGUGCAGUCUGUCCUCGUUGCUGCUGCUGUCAAUGUUGGACGCUGUGCCAUCGAAGUGUGGGUUUGCAGGAGGGUUGGUCACAACUCUGAUGAUUGUGACAGAGAGGAGACUGGUAUACAACCUGCCACUGUCACGGUUGAUAAAGACUGCAAAUGGUUCCGUUCGGCUCGAUGUGAUUGUGUAACCAAUUUAGCGACUCGGUUUCAGAAUGCCAGAUUUAGAGAUGAUCGAACUGCAGGUCUGGUGUAUGGAAGCUUCUUGAACAAGUCGGAGCUUGUUGGCCAAACAGUCGAAUUGAGGACUGGCUAUCAUUGGUUGUCAACGAAAGGAAUAGCCGUGAGGAUAGUGAACAUUGAUGGAGCUGCAGUUCCUGGGCUACGGGCAAUUGAGAUUUGGGGUGUUGUUGCAUCCGAUUGCAUCGGUGAGACACGAAAAUCUGUGUUGGCAGUCUGUGAAAGACUUCGAGUAGAAACAUAUUCGAACACGAAGGAUGAAUCUGUAUCUUCAAGAAAACGAAAGAGAGAGACUAUGGUUACAAAUAGAACUGACGAUGACGAUGUAGAUCAGAAUUUAGCUACAGCUCAAACAACUCAUAGCCGUCGAGUUCCUAAUGAGUUUCUUGAUGAGAUCACAUUUGAGGUGAUGCUUCAGCCAAUACUGCUUCCUUCGGGUCACAAUGUGGAUGCGACGACUGUGGAGAAGCACAAGAGGGUCGAAGCCACUUGGGGUCGUCCAUCUUCGGAUCCAUUCACAGGUCUUCCUUAUUCAUUGACUAGCAAGCCCAUCCCAAAUGCUAGUCUAAAGGCUAGAAUCGACCAGUUUUUGAAUGACCGUCAUAGCUUUGAUGCCUCAGAAGGAAACCGGGUAGGAGGAAACAACACCAGAAGUGAAAGCAGCUUGUUUGAUCCGAAGGAGAGCGUGUUGGUAACACAGCGACAAGAAGUCGAGCAUCGCUCUAGUCCAUCGACACAUAAAGAACCGUCUGACAGACUAGGAGUCGAUAGUGUUGUGAGGCAAUCAGUCGAAGACCAAGCCUCAUCUUCUACUCAUUUAGCUCGUUUGCGGUCGAGCUUAGACUUUGAACUUCAACAAGUGCUCGGUGUAUGCAAUCAAGUAAACAAGAGAAAAAGAGGCGACAACAUUGCAGGCUGUGUUGCCUGCUUGUGCGACGAACAACAAUUGCUCAAGAUGCCAUGUGAUCAUUUGAUUUGUCGUGACUGUUCGUCCUCGCACACAUUGACCAAUCAACGAUCAUCGACCAGGAGAAACACAAGCUCUGAAGUGGAAUGUCCACUGUGCAAUUUGAGGUGCCCGAGGUCAGAGGUGGUGGUUGUUCAUUUGCGCUCACAAUGUCAUUAAUAGAGACCACUCUUUUGGAACGAGUAAUUUCAGUAAUUGCAUGAGUUGUUUUGCUCUAACAACAGGACAGUGACUCAUCAUGAAAUAUCUCUUCUAUAAACGUCUCUGCAUUAAGCAGCAGCGCCAAAAGGCAUAUCUAAGAAUUGCCUCAAGACAGAGACGUCAUGUAUAAAAUCUACGCCUUGUUGUGUUUAUAUUUCUAUGGAGCUUAUACGGGCAUUCGGAUCUAGACAGGAAGAGUGAGUCACUGCUAGUCUUCGUCAUACGUAAUACUAAUGGAACUGUAACAAUGCUCGUUCUAUCCUUGGGUGGUCGGAUUUCGUUUGACCAAUGGCAUAUCUGAUGGUCCAUCCAAUUGUAAUGCGUGUAUUGGAUGUGAUGUUAUGCGAAUUGAAAGCAACCGCAAACAAGCGUGUAUGAACAUACCCCGCUAUUCGACGCUUACAAUCUCUACCGCCAACUUUUGCUAUGCUAACCGUGCGGUUUCGUAAAUGUUUUGGAGUCCGGUCGACGAUUUGUUACGCUAGGCCAUUAUGUGUUGCAACAGUGGUCAGUAAUUCGAUAAUUUGCGCUAAAGGGUCGCUUAGGCAUGUAAUGAGUUAGAUCCGGAUGGUCGAUUAGGAGUCGACCGCCUCGGAUUCUACGCUGACAUUGACGAGCGACGUCGAGAGAAGUGACAAAAAUACUGUUUAAUAUUUGAUUGCUAUCCGAGUGCUCAAGAGGACCUACG